GUCUGCUUGGGUAGUGUAGGAGAGCCAUGGAGCCCUUCUGUCCACUCCUGCUGGCAAGUUUUAGCUUGUCGCUUGCCAGAGCUGGCCAGGGCAACGACACCACCCCAACAGAGAGCAACUGGACCAGCACAACUGCAGGCCCUCCGGACCCUGGUGCAUCCCAGCCGCUGCUCACCUGGCUGCUGCUGCCUUUGCUCCUCCUCCUGUUCCUCCUCGCAGCCUACUUCUUCAGGUUCAGGAAGCAGAGGAAGGCCGUGGUCAACAGCAACGACAAGAAGAUGCCUAACGGGAUCUUAGAGGAGCAAGAGCAGCAGAGAGUGAUGCUGCUGAGCAGAUCUCCAUCAGGUCCCAAGAAGUACUUCCCCAUCCCCGUGGAACACCUGGAGGAGGAGAUCCGGGUGAGAUCUGCGGAUGACUGCAAGCGGUUCCGCGAGGAGUUCAAUUCAUUGCCAUCUGGACACGUACAAGGAACCUUUGAACUAGCAAAUAAAGAAGAAAACAGAGAAAAAAACAGAUACCCCAACAUUCUGCCCAAUGAUCAUUGCAGAGUGAUUUUGAGCCAAGUGGAUGGAAUCCCCUGCUCUGACUACAUCAAUGCUUCCUACAUAGAUGGCUACAAAGAAAAGAACAAAUUCAUAGCAGCUCAAGGCCCUAAGCAGGAGACAGUGAACGACUUCUGGAGAAUGGUCUGGGAGCAAAGGUCGGCCACCAUUGUCAUGCUGACGAAUCUAAAGGAAAGGAAGGAGGAGAAGUGCUACCAGUACUGGCCAGACCAGGGCUGUUGGACCUAUGGCAACAUCCGGGUGUGUGUAGAGGACUGCGUGGUUCUAGUAGACUACACCGUCCGCAAGUUCUGCAUCCAUCCGCAACUCCCCGACGGCUGCAAAGCUCCACGGCUGGUCUCACAGCUUCACUUCACCAGCUGGCCUGACUUUGGGGUGCCAUUUACCCCCAUCGGAAUGCUGAAGUUCCUGAAGAAAGUGAAGACACUCAACCCCUCACAUGCUGGGCCCAUUGUGGUCCACUGUAGCGCGGGCGUGGGUCGGACUGGCACCUUCAUUGUGAUCGAUGCCAUGAUGGACAUGAUACACUCGGAGCAGAAGGUUGACGUCUUUGAGUUUGUGUCUAGAAUCCGCAAUCAGCGCCCGCAGAUGGUCCAGACAGAUGUUCAGUACACAUUCAUCUACCAAGCCUUACUGGAAUACUACCUCUACGGGGACACAGAGCUGGACGUGUCCUCCCUGGAGAGGCACCUGCAGACGCUACAUGGCACAGCCACCCAUUUUGACAAGAUCGGGCUGGAGGAAGAGUUCAGGAAACUGACCAACGUGCGAAUCAUGAAGGAGAACAUGAGGACGGGCAACCUGCCAGCCAACAUGAAGAAGGCCCGUGUCAUCCAGAUCAUCCCAUAUGACUUCAAUCGGGUAAUCCUGUCCAUGAAAAGAGGACAAGAGUUCACAGACUAUAUCAACGCAUCCUUCAUAGAUGGCUACAGGCAGAAGGACUAUUUCAUGGCCACACAGGGCCCUCUGGCUCACACAGUUGAGGAUUUCUGGAGGAUGGUGUGGGAAUGGAAGUCACACACAAUCGUCAUGCUGACCGAGGUGCAGGAGCGAGAGCAGGAUAAAUGUUACCAGUAUUGGCCAACGGAGGGUUCAGUGACUCAUGGAGACAUAACUAUAGAAAUAAAGAGUGACACCCUGUCUGAAGCAAUCAGCAUACGAGACUUUCUGGUUACUUUCAAACAGCCCCUGGCCCGCCAGGAAGAGCAGGUCCGCAUGGUGAGACAAUUUCAUUUCCAUGGUUGGCCUGAGGUUGGAAUCCCCGCGGAGGGCAAAGGCAUGAUUGACCUGAUUGCUGCUGUGCAGAAGCAGCAGCAGCAGACAGGCAACCACCCCAUCACUGUGCACUGCAGCGCGGGAGCAGGGCGGACAGGGACAUUCAUAGCACUCAGUAACAUUUUGGAACGAGUGAAAGCUGAGGGACUCCUUGAUGUGUUUCAAGCUGUGAAGAGCUUAAGACUUCAGAGACCACACAUGGUGCAAACCCUGGAGCAAUAUGAAUUCUGCUACAAAGUGGUACAAGAUUUUAUCGAUAUAUUUUCUGAUUAUGCUAAUUUCAAAUGAAGAUUCCUGCCUUAAAAUAUUUUUUAAUUUAAUGGUCAGUAUAUUUUGUAAAAAAAAAAAAAAUCAUGUUAAUUUAUUUCCUAGUGGAUAUUAAUAUCCUUCCUAAUUCCUUUGUAUAUAUUUUGUUAUGUUCUAAAGGCUACCUGCUGUAAGGUUAUUAAAUUGUAAAUGCCCUUUUUAAAAAUCGGAAUAACAUGUUAAGGCCAAAUACUAUCUGGGAAGAUAUAUAUUUCUGCUAACAUCAGUCAGUAUCUUAGUUCUAUUAGAUUCAUGUUAUGUGGUGUAACACAUUAUGUGUCACGUGGUGUCACACGUCAUGUGUCAUGUGGUAUCACACAUCAUGCAUCUGUAAGUGUAGUUCUUAACAUGUCAAAUGUGUUUGUGCAAAGACACUAAACCCCGAAACCCCUUGUGGAGAAAACAGUUGAGGACUCCGAGUCACAUCACUCUUACCCUCCCCACCAGCUGUUGCCCCAAGGCAUCAGAAUGUGGCACGGUGUACAUGGGGGCUUUAGUAAAGUCCUAGGUCUCAGCCAUGUGGUCCAUCCUUACAUCUGAAAGGUCAAAGAAGGAACCAGGCAUGGCAGUGCGUAUAUGGCUCUACUAUUAACCCUUUAGGGGCUGAGGCAUAAGGAUUUGGUUCAGGCCAGGCCAGACCAACUUGGGCUACAGUGAGACUCUGUAAAACAAACAAACAGACAGAGGAUUUUAUAACCCAAACCCAGGUCUCAGAUGUACAAGGGUAGAUGGGGACUUUCCCAUGAGUUUUAAAAGGCAUUUAUUUAUGAAAGGCUGUGUAGUGCCACUGUAGAGUUGAUAAGGAGAUGUGUUGGUACCAGACCAUCUAUUCUCACAGGCCUCCAGGGUCCUCCAAACUAGCCAUCCAAGCUGUGUUCCUGGAACCACUUGCUGUCUGUCUGCCUGUGUGCCUGGCUCAGAAUCCACCCAAGCUCAUUUCUAAUGUCCCUCCCACUGGCACAGUUGUCUGUACUGACCCUAAUUGGGCCUACAGGCUCAAUGUACAGCUAUUCCCCUUCCUUCCACAUUGAAAUGAAUUGUCUUACACACACACACACACACACACACACACACACACAGAGGAACAAAUGGUGGAAUGGCCACAAACAAUUGCACUGUCAAUUUCCUGACAGCCAUUUUGGUAUGUCAGAUUUUCUUUGUAAAAAGUUAAGAUGGUUUGUAAGAAAAGAAUUCUUAAAAAUCUAGAUUUGUACAGUUUUUUUUAAAUGCCCCACCUCUCUUGGUGUUUAAUUUUUAGAGAGAGAGAGAGAGAGAGAGAGAGAGAAAUACUAAUUGGAAGUCUAGCUUACCUUUGGUAGAAACACUGCAGAGGCCUCUGAGCCCAGGCGACAGUGACAGGCACACUGCCUGAGGGGUAGAUUAGAAGGAUGGAGACGGGGAGAAUGAGUGUAGAGACAUUGACUUCAAUAAAAAUGAUCUUCCUAUGGUAUUUAGAUACCUAGCAAAUGAGCACAAUGUAAAAAAAAAAAAAAAAAAAAAAAGACAUCUGGUCUAACUCAUUGAAGGCUUUGAACAUAACAGUUUGGGUACUUUUUUUUUUUUUUAACUUUUUAAGAGAAAUGAAAAUACAAAGGCCUUAUCUGUAAUCUCCAUGGAGGACUGAUCAUGCCCGCUUAUUGCAGUUUGUCCAUGUUCGUUUAUAGUGUGUACGGGAGACAACCCCAGGGCCUGUCACUGCUUCAUAUAGGUGAACAGCUUCUCUUAGGCCCCACAGCUCUGAGUUUCAUUCGGAGGCACAAGCUGGCACCCAGCAUGAAGGGUGAGAGAGAGAGCACAUAGAGGCUGCCAUCACCACCAGCUGCAGCCAUCUGUCUGCCUGUGCUUUGUGGGACCACCCCUUCUCUGAGCAGCAGUGGAGCACAGGCAGAAGGCAGAAGAGCGGGUGACUUUCCCUGGCCAGUGGGUCUCGUUUGCAUCCAUCUUAGACCCCAAGCUCAACACUUUGCUUUAACUGAAGCGGGACAGAGGGCAGUAAGCCCACUAGAACGAAGGGGACCUCACACUGGUCCCAAGCCCAAGUUUGGCCAUGCACGUUAGCACCCCAACUUAGUUACUGGUCCUUACAAUCCCAGGCAUCUCUUGUAUCAAGAAAUGCCUUAGGGUAGAUCUUUUCAGGAUGUCUAGAAAAGUAUUCUAAUGUGUAUUUUUCCCUCACCUUGGGGCUGCCCCAGGUUCUCCUGCAGGAACCCUGCCUGUUUCUAAACAGCUUGUCCCAUUCCAGAAACAGAAGCCACGUUCCUGUGGGCACAGUUGGGGCAGCACUUGUACUUUGGGGAGGCCAAUCCCUCUAGUCUCUUGGCUAAUGCCAUAGCCAAAUUCAGCCUCCCUAAGACACAGAGCCUCUGUGUGCAAGGGGCCUCCUAAGGGAGUUGGGAGGGGGUGGGGCUCAGCAUCUUCUCUGUGUACCUGGCAUGUUCUUUUCCUCUUCCUUCAGUCAAAAAAGGUCUGGUGUACACCUGUCAACAACAGCCUGGCACCAACAACCUUCUUAGUUCUCUGUUGCAUGCGGUUGUGUUCAAUGUCAAACAGUAAUCAGAGCUGAGCGUUCUGAUCAGGUGCGUCCCUUGGUCACUGUGUGACUUGCUUUACUUUUCUCUCUCCAUGGCUAGAUGAAUGAGGAAUGCACACCUGUGUUUUCCAAGGUAUUUUUAUGUGUUUUUAAAACCUUUUUAAAAUGAGCCCGAUACCUGUGUUUCAGCAUUUGGCCACGUUGUUGGUUUUUAUUUUUUUUUUUCAUGUAUAUUUACUGAUAUAUUUUUGUUUGUAACCAAGCCAUAUUUAAUUUAUGUUCAAUCUUUAUAAUAUGUGUAUGUGUCAUGGUUCCAACUCUCAUAUAUAAUUUCUUGAUUACAUUUACCAUUUGAUCUUGCUCUGAUUAUGCCAGUGAAUGUCGCUGAAUUCUUGAGACACGUGAACUGCAAGAUCAAAAACAUCCUGAUGCAAGAAUAAACCUGACUACCAGCCUG